AUGAGCCGACAAGAAAAGGGGGGAAGACGACCAAGGCGGUCCCUGGAGCAACAGAUCGAACCGGCACAAGAUGACAACUACAGCCCAGCCAUCAAGCCACAAGCAACGCAGCCAGAUGCUACGAGCCAGCAGCCAAAGGUGCCAAACAAUACUGCCCUUCGAGCAAAAGCUCCGAGCCGGAAAACUGGCACUGCAGUCCCAAUAGGCCCUUCAAAACAACGCCAGGCCCAGAAAAAAACGGCAGGGAAGACCACCAAGGACGGCAUUCACCAUACACCCAACAGCAGCAGUACCGAACAGAAACGCAAGGCCCGGGCUGAGCCGCACACAGCGACCACGACCAGCAAGGAGGACACUACAGAACCCAAGUUGCCAGUCGCCGCGCAGCCGUCUGCCAAAGGCGCACCGGCAAAGGGGCCAGGACCGUCUGACCAGCCUGCCACGACAAGAAAGCGGCGCGCAGCCUCCGCACCCGUCGAGGGAGGAGGCCGGGCGAGCAAGAGGUCGCGCCUCCAGGAUGAGGGUGACACAGACUGGCGCGCGGCCCCGAUCGUCUUUGCCCAGAGGCACCAGGACCGCGACGACGGCGCCAUGGACGUGGACACAGCGGCAGUGCUAGCGGAAGCCGGCGGGGGAGACGCCCAUGCCGACAAGGAGAGUGGCGGCGUGUGUGAGGGAGGUGCUGACGAUGGGAAGCAGCUUGCCGCCUCCGAAAGCCCACCGGGAAUCGAGCUGACGGGUGGCUAUGGGGCUUUCAUGGGGUUCGCGCUCGGCGCCGGUGCCUUUGCCUUGCGGCACUGGAGUUGAGCCACAAAAGAGCAAUG